UUUUCGAGGAUGCUAAAUCACGAUUGGUCGGUUCGUUUAAUGACAAGUGUUCCGUUCUCUUUCUUGAUUCUUAUUUUGUUUUGUUUUUACAUGCUCUUGAGGUGCUCUUGAAACUUGAAAGGUUCUCGCGUGUCGAUUUGUCGCUCCGAUUCGCGACGCGAGCAGACGCGCUGCUUAUCGCUCCGACAGUCGGGACGUCUUGGCCGUCUUGGCAGAACGGGACAGAAGCAGAAAACUACUUUAAUCAGUGAUCAGACCGAACUCGUCGAACGCGCUCCGUCUUCGUCUACGUCUACGUCUACUCUCGUUGCUUCUCCAUCGGGAACUCGCAACUCUGAACUCACUCUCGUCAGUGAUUUAGAAUAUUUUAGAAUCACCGUAGAUUGGCAAAGAGAAGUGAUAUUUUCUUUUGUUUUGGUCGAGCUUCCGCCCCUUCUGCCAACGCGCUACACCGCCACGGCCAGGGUCAGGCAGGCCAGAUCCGCCAGAUUCCAGAACAGUCACUAGUCAGCAGAGUCAGCUUUCGUUUUUCGAGCUAAUCAGCUGUUACGGUUGUUCUCAAGCGAAGCGACUAACAAUAAGCAUAAUGCUAUAAACGCCUGUAGAUUCCGCGACAAGUCGAGCCUGGUCGAGCCAAAUCGUUGACAAAACAAUGAGUUUUUCUUCGGAGAAAGGACAGGAUAGCAUAUCCAAGGAGGAAUGGAUGUCAAAGUUGGAGGAGAGCUCCUACAUACAAAAAAUGUCAAUGAACAACCUAAUCAUGAAUUAUCUAGUCACAGAAGGAUUCAAGGAGGCCGCCGAGAAGUUCCAGCAAGAGUCGGGAGUGGGUCCAACGGUAGAACUGAGCUCUCUGGACGACAGGAUCCGUAUUCGAGAUGCCAUACAAAACGGUCGUAUCCAGGAAGCGACGGACUUGGUGAAUCAGCUGCAUCCCGAACUGUUGGACAACGACAGAUAUCUCUACUUUCAUCUGCAACAGUUGCACCUGAUUGAACUGAUACGCACAGGCAGAGUCGAGGAGGCGCUCCAGUUUGCCCAGGAUCAACUCAGCGAAGCCGGCGAGUCGGAUGAUAAUAUAUUGUGCGAGUUGGAACGUACAUUGGCCCUGUUGGCCUUUGACGAGCCACAUAAGAGUCCGUUCAGCGAUCUUCUACAUCCAACACACAGGCAGAAAAUUGCGAGCGAAUUGAACGCCGCUAUAUUGAAAAUGGAGCACAGGGAAUCUACCAGCCCUCGGCUUAACAAUCUGUUAAAAAUGAUACUGUGGGCUCAAGACGAGUUGGACAAGAAAAAAGUCAAGUAUCCUAAGAUGACCGAUCUCGGUAGUGCCACAAUUGAGGAUACAAAAUAAUUUUAUAGUAGACAGAGAUUGGGAGCAUUUCUCAGUUUUAUUUAUGAAUGAGAUAGAUGAAUGUCUUCAAGUCACCUUUAAGUGUAAUUUUGUAUAAAUUGCUGUUUAUUUCGUAGGAAAUUAUAUCCAAAUUUUAACCUUGCAUACCAAGCGUGUGUAUGGGUGAGAGAGAGAGAGAGAGAGAGAGAGACAGACAGAGAGAGAUAUAUGGUGUGUAGAAUCAUUAAGGUAUUGAUUAUAAUAGGAAUGUAAUGAAAUUGAUGCAUCAUUGUUUUAAUUGCUGUAGGAAAUAAGAAUUAUUGUAAUAUUUCUUAUGUCUUUCGGUAUUUAACAUUAACAUAAUACAGGUAGAGCCGGUAGAGCUAUUUUCAACUAUUUUGCGUACAUGCAAUAUUUACUAGAAACACACUCACACACACACACACACACACAAAAUCACGCAAAAGAUUUGCAACAUGACUCUGGCUAUUAGCCGUUCUAUAUAAUUGUAAAGAUACAUACAAAUAUAAUACUUAAUACAUAUAA